GCGGGAUAGUGUUGCGGCGAUGAGGGAGGAGGCAUGCGGCGGGUACCCAGCGGGGGUGCAGUUGAGGCAUCUUGCACACCGGGAUAUCCGGGACUACCAUUGCCGCCCAAGGACCUCCGACGGCCUUGGUCAUGCGACGGGGGUGGAUUCAUAUCGCAUGCACAGACAACGGGUUUGGAGGAGCGCUGACGAAACGCGAAAGAGGGCAGGAGGGAAACAAGGGGGAGGGAUAGAGAUGAAGGGAAAAAUGAUUAAGGACCCAAGCGCCACAACAAGGGGGAAAAAAAAAGGAGAUAGGGAAGGAGAGGAUGAAGGGCGAGAGAGAAAAGGAGGAUGGAGGGUGGGUGAUGAAGCUGAUGGGUGAUGAUGAUGAUGACCGGGGGGGGAAAGAGAGGCGCGCGACAAUCCAAGACACUCGCUCGCUCGGCUCUCACUCUUUCUCGGUCUUUCGCACUCAGCAAAGCAAAGCAAAGCGAGUUCCACAACCGGGGGCUGAACCCGUGACUCUGGGCGGGCCUGGACCACUAGUCUCAAUCAGGUAAGGAUGCCCUGGCAGUCGAGGCUAGACCCAAAGAGAACUAGCUCUCCCGAGGCUUCCUGGGCUGGAAGGCGAUCAGGCGCCACAGACGCGGCUGAUGCUCCUUCGCUAAUUGGUCCGGCUGCCCCAGUGCUUCUCCCCCCUCUGUCUCUCCCCGUUUGUAGGAGUAGUGUUAAGUUUGCAGUGUCCGUAGAAUAAACAAACCAGACCAAACUGUGCAGGAGGGGGGCAGGAAAUGUGUCACCAGGAGAGGUGGAAGGAUUUUUCCAAGCUGCUACCAGGGAUUGUGCUCACACAGCAUGUUCAUGCUUAGCAUCGGUCAUGGCUGGCUGGCAUCUAUUGCCUUCCCAUCCAUGAUCUGGCCUUCCGAGA